CUACACCGUGGUGAAACAAUAGGCUUAGUUACACACCAAAGAGCAUGACAGAGAGAGAGCUUCAGCUCCUUAAGAUUGUUAGUCAACCAUUGUGAUAGUUAUAUCAAGGUAAAUUGAGCUCCAAAUGGCAGAUCAACUCUAUUAUGACCUAUGAGUUGUUCAGUUCAGUGCUUCAUUAUUGUAAUAUACUAUCUACUUUGUCCUCCUAUACAGUUUUCAUCUGUUAUAUGAGGCUACGUAGCGAUGUAGGAUUAUCAAAUCCAAUUCUUGAGUUGUAUUUAGAAGUUUAAGUUGUUUUCUUUAAUGAUAUGCUUCUCAUUUUCUUUCUCAAUGUUGUUGAUUAGGUGCAAAAUGGUGAAAACAGCAGGCAAUAUUGGAUUCCCUUGGAAUCGAGCUGGCCUGAAAUACCCAUGGAGCCAGGAAAAGGAACGUCGAGGAAGAAGCAAGAGAGAAUAUAGCAGGUUGCAAAUUCCAGUCUCUCCAAAAACUUUGUACUGGGGACUUGGGACAACGAAUCGGUAAGCUUUAUUUUCUCAGUAUCUUUGAUUUAGGAUAUCAUUUCUACCACUUUGUUUUGCUUUUGCCUGCUUGCUUUCUAACUGGGUACCUCUUUAUUCUGCCCUUGCUGAUGAAGAUGUCUGGUGCUUCAACUUCGUGCUUUUGGAAUAUGGUAAUGGGGAAUGUGGUGAGAAGGCUAUGAAGGUCUUCCUUUUCUGUAGCAGCCGUGUAAUUUCCUACACUGAACUCGGCUCUCGGAUUUUGUCAGAAACAAAAGUCAUUGAAGAACAGUAAAAAAGGUAAGGAUCUGAUGAGUAUUCAGAGGUGAUUUGAUGAUUUGUUUUCAGUUCUCCCAGCCCUGUGUCCAUUACAAUUUGACUGUUGUGAUGCCACAAUUCCUCUGCAUUGUCUGGAAAGUGGAAUUGUUAUUUCUGUGCUUUGUUCAUCCGUGGUUCUUUUAUGGAGGCAGAAUGUAACAAUAACAAUAUUUAUACUUAAUAGCAGUUUUACUUGUUAGUUAUUUAAUCAUUUUUAUCCUUGAUCUGAUAAUAGGUUUUCUCAGCAUCAACAUAUUUUCCUCUCUGGUUUUGUUUUCCCUUUGUUGAAUGCGUGUUGGAUGUGAAAUGCCACUUAUGAUGCAAUUAAGCUUGCAAAGGCUGGGAUUGAGGAGCCUCAAGUGCAAACUGACAUUUAGGACAAAAAUGGUAGAAGUAAAGACGGUGAUGGAUGCCGCUGUCAAGUUCUGCACAGAGCCGGGAACUGAGUAGAAGUAAAUGCGGAUCCAAUGCCGACCCUGCUGGUGAAUGUCGAAGUUGUAAGUAGCUCAUUUUCUUAAGUUCCUCUACACUUGGGCUCCUUACAGUAAGUCUUUUUCCCUACCAUUGAUGCAAUGUCUUACCGUAUUUUUGUAGUAGAUAGGAUACAACAAUUUAUGUAUAUACUUUAUGUUAAUUGAUCAGCUUACUUUUAAUUUUACUUCAUGGCUUUUAAUGAAGAGGUGGCAUUUGGUCUCACCCAGUUGACAACUUUGUGUCCAACUCAUUUGCUUACCUGAAAAAUCUCGGUAGGCAUUCACAUUGAACUCCAUCAGAAUAUGAGAUAUUGGCAGGGGAAAUUGGACGAAACUUUGUAUCCAGAGACUUACUAGAAGCAGUAUUUCUGGAGAACAAUUAUAUUGUAAAAUGGUGAAUGGUAUUUUGACACGCUAGCAGUUAGGACUACCUGCUUGCAUUCAGAUGCGCUUGUUGUAAUGCGGAGGAGUAUUUCUAUGCAAAUACACUUGCACUUUACCAUAGCUUUCAAAUGCAUAUGUUCAUAAUUGUAUCUUCCCAUCAGGUGUACACACAAACAUAAUCAUUUUGCUCUCCGCAAUACGUCCCGCUAAUACUCUUCGUAGCCGCGGGUACUGAUUCUAAUACAUAAAGAAAGGAAGAAAGAGAGAAUGAUCAACUUUGUUUUUACCAACAUAGGACAGACGUAGGGAUUCCUGGUUUACAUGAUGAGGAGGUUGGGUAAUGGGCAUAAUUUGUUUGGCCCCUGCCUCUGAGUCAUCAUUUUGAGUCAUCAUUACAUUACAUCAUUAGCAUUUCCCCUAUUCAGCAGCAGCAGCAGCAUGCCGUGCCAAAUGCCAAUAUUUGCCAUCUCAUCUUCUUCUGUCCCACUCCACCAUGAUUAAUAGAAUAUGACUUCGAUGUUCUUUCUUACAAAAGUAAGAAAGCUUCGUGUUUAGCCAUUAGCUUCCAUAACAUGUUUUUUCCACACUUUAAGCUUGCCCUCAAGGUUUGUAGGUUUUAUGGAAUUGAAUCAAUGGUUUCAUCUUCUGGUUCUGUUAUUUUCCAUCAGAACAGAAAAGAGGCCUUUCAAAUAGUUCUUCUGCCGGAUGGAUUUUCACAAUGUUCAUCAAACUGGAAACAGAAGUUGAAGCAGUUUAUAUGAAAUUCAAGCCUUUUAGGGACCAUGUGCUGAAAGUGGGGUCAAAUGGGUAGCUGAGAUACCCCUUGUCAGUCUAAUUUCGGUUCAAUUGUUACAAAAUUCAAAGGAAGUCAGAAAAUUUUCAGAUCAACUUGCUGCAACUGCAAAUUCAGGAUAAGGGCUUCGACAGUGGAUCUCUCUUAUCUACUAUGUUACAAAAAGAUUGGACUAUUCUCAUUGUUCAUAAUUCAUUCACUCGGAACAGAUAUAUACAUUCCUAGCAUGUGGGACACUCCAAUUCAAAUCUAGUUACACUGGUCCUGACCAAUACACUGGCAGGACUCCUCAUAAAUCUGGAUAAACAAAGGGAUAAAAGUAAAAGAUUCACAUAAUAGACCAAAACCCUUGAUCAAGAGCACAAACAGGGAAGAAAUUUAAGAACCCUUGUCAUCAGACUCUCCAAAAAGCAACAAGCUUUCUUUAUUGUGACCUUUGAUGAUGUUCAACUGUGUUGGUUUGAAGAAGAAGAAGAAUCCAUGCUUUUGGUUCUUUGAAUGGAAGAUGGGGAUCGGUGAAGCCUGCAGCGGAACGAGCCAGCAUGCGAAGUUGGUGAGCACAAACAAGCUGCUGAGUUCUUGGUACUACAACUGCUGCUGCUACUUGGCUGCCUGCAGCCAAUUGGUGAAGCUUGAAGCUUUGUGGAUGAAGAACUUGUAUGAUGAUCAGCUGAUGGUUGUUGAUGAUUAUGAUCCAUUGGGACAUCCACUUUCAGAUCAUGAACCCUACUCUGGCUAUCAUCCAUUUGCCCUGGAACCUGCAAAAAACCACAAGCUCGGUUGAUGGUGAUGAUCAGUUUUGCCUGCUAGGACUUGUGGUAAGUUGGUGCAGAGAGAAAAGGAGACAGGAAGUGGGUUUAUAAGAUAAAGAAAGGUACAAUUUGGAUGGAGAUAUUAUAAAGGGGCAAUCCAAGCAAGAGAAAGGAUGAAAAAGUUGAACCUUUUGGUUUGAUAAUCAAAUCCGCCAUCAACGCACCCAUGUUCUAUAGUCCCACUCACAUCUCUGUAUAUAUUAUCAACAUCAUGCUUGCAUACUUUCUUUUUGUUAAAGCUACAACCACUUCUUCCUAGUCUAUCUCCCAAGAUAAGAUAGAACGGAAGAUCCAUUUUUAUAGUAACUUGGGUAUCGGAUCGAGAUCUCUCUACCAGUUUCGUUUAGGCGUAAAUUUCUGCAGUAAUGAUUGGACAGUUUACAAUCUGGAAAAUUUUGGUAUUACUUAAUACAGGAGUGUAUGCUUG